AUGGAACGCACUGCAGAAGGCCACGUUCCGCAUCUUCUCUACCGGGAGGAAUCCUUGAAGGGUGGAGCUGCACUACACGACUACGGUGAGCGGAAGAUUUUCAUGCCCAGCUCACAAGACCCCAGGUUAGAGGAUCGCAAAAUCGACAACGAUGAUGUGAAGGAAAUCCAGCCAGAAAUCCACAUCGUCACCGAUACCGUAUUCUACAGGCUCUUUGGUAGCAAGCAAAGUGAAAUCAUUACCUACUUCGGAGCCGUUCUAAACUCAGUAAACCUUAGGUAUGACACCAUCGAAGACCCGAGAGUCACUGUAAAGAUUACUGGCUUCACUUUCAAUGACAUUGUCGAGGAAGAGAAGUAUAUUGCAACUUUUGGCCGAUACGGGGAAGAAUUUCAGAAGUAUGUCGAUAUGAAAACCACUUUGGACAACUUCAGGGAUACUUAUCGCACGAAGCAGUCUACUCUCUUUGCGAAAGUGGAUGUCUUCGUACUAGUCACGGGAAAGGAUAUGUGCUCAUUACGAGGAAACCUGUUGAGCUGUACUGUUGUAGGACAGGCUUAUGUAGCGGGCGCUUGCACAAAGUACCGGGCAGUCAUAAUUGAAGACAAGCCACGGCUGUAUCAUUCUGUUCGUAACAUGGCACACGAAUUGGCACACAGCUUCGGAUGCGUUCACGAUGGCAAUGGCCCAGACAAUGAUGUAGAAAAGCACCCUGGCGCCCAGGAAUGCCUAUGGUCCGAUGGCUACAUCAUGAGCUACAUACAGAACAGCACCAAGGAGUACCGCUUCUCCUCGUGUUGUGCUAGACAGAUUAAGCAUGUCGCUAGCCUGAAAGCCCAUACCUGUCUGCAUGUGAACAAUACAGAGAGAGAAAGAGCAACAACACAAUACCUUCCAGGCACGAGUAUGACCUUAAAUAGGUUUUGUAAAGCAUCCUUUGCCGAUAGGCCCCGGGACUACUAUUUCGACACGAAGGAACCAUACGUUGAUUGCAAAGUACCGUGCAGAAGCGCAAACUACCGCGACAACACAGGUUUGGUGUAUAGCGUUGGGAAAGCCUCCGCCAUUGAUGGAAUACCCUGCAAGGGACAAGACAUGGUGUGCAUACGUGGUGAAUGUGUACCUGAUCCUUCGAAAACAAAGACCAAAUAGAUCGAAAAACAAGAAAAGCACCUGCACCAAGGGAAGAAAGAAAAUGAGACGGCGAAGGGACCGAAGAAACACUCUAAAAUACCUGCUACGCAGUCGAUACAAUAAAGGGUACAAACCAG